GGCAGCGACGGCUCGCCACAUGAUCCUCGUAGACGGUGGGUGUUGGGCAUUUUCCAUUUUCGCCGCCGACGCAUGAUGUUCCUGCCGGCGUGGCAGACGCCGUUGAUGCUCGUCACGCCCAUGAUGGACGCUGUGUCGCCGUCGACAGCGUCGGAUGACUCGCAGCGCAAGAAGGACGACGCGCGCCUUCGCAAGCAAAAGUACAACCGCGACCGGCUGCGCCAAAAGCGCACCGAGUACAUGGCCGAAUUCCAGGCGCUCGAGGCCCAGAUUCGACAGCUCGUGGAUUUGCGCGACGAGGCGCUGCGAGGAAAGCAGAUUGGCGUCUUGCCCUGGGUCGAGGUCGCGGCGGCGCUCAAGGCCGACAGCAGCCUCUCUCAGAUGCAGAACCGCGAGCUGCUCAAACAAGUACGGGCCGCGGAAGCGCUCUGCAAGUCGCUGCGCAGCUGGGUCGCGUCGCGCAUCGUGCAUGCGACGCUCAACCCCGAGCACACGUCGUGGCGCGAGUCCAUGAUCCCAAAAGACGAUGCGAGCCGGAAGCUCGGUCUCGACUGGAUCUCCAAGCGUUUAUACCACAACUUGAACGGCGUUAUCGAAGCCAGUGGGCUGCCAGGCCCGAUCGACAAGACUGCGUACUACCGCAUCGACGUCGAGCGCCAGAACGACACGUACCGCCUCUCUGAGUUCAAGCAGCGCGUCGAGCGCGUCCGGUUUGAUAUCGCCACGCGUACGCUCAGCGCCCAGUACUUUGAGACUUUCGACGGCGACGAGGAAGAGCGCCAGAACGACGACAUGACGUAUAUACGGUACCCUUCGCUCUACGGGCGCACCAACAACGUGCCGUACACGGAGAAGAUGCUCGUGCGGCAGUUCAAGGAGCAGCAUCGAUUUGUUAUAUUUACACACGGCGUGCCCGACGACGCCAAGUAUCAAGACCCGAUCCGGUGCGACUGGUCGGCCUGGGUCGUCGUCACUGACCUUGGCGCGAACGAAUGUCUCUUGCAAUUUGGCUACACGGCGUACGGACUGCGAUGCGACGACGGGUAUUUGCCGUUCGAGGUCGAGAUGCCGGCGCUCGCGGCCUUCUCCGGCGACGACGAUGACACGCGCUUUGCGCGCUUCCGGCACAAACAGCGCGACGACCGGCUUCGACGACAAAUGGAGGACGUGGCAGCAUUCCAAGAGCGCUGUAGGCAAAUGGAAGCGGCCGUGGCGCCGUCCAACAACGGUAGUAGUCCCAACGUGAUUGUCCCAUGAGACCGUGCGACUAAGAUCGAUGCCCUUCAACCUCUGCGAUGGAAAUGCGUAUCUUGCAUUCGAACUGGAUAUGUGUGCAACUGUGCACCUGGGAUAUCAGGGAUACAACAGGCAUUUUGACCGCCG